CCUACCACUGUCCAGGGACAGAACCACACAUCACUACCACAUCUUCACACAUCAUCACUCUCUCUGACCUGCAGAGUGGGACUCAAUACUCAGUCACUGUCUGCACUGUGCUGAAGAAUGGAAUGCAAAGUCAACUGGUGUCAACAACCCUCACCACAAAACCCUGUCUCAUGGAGCUGUUGUCAAAGACUGGACUAGAAGAUCAUUAUGAAAACAAGCUGACGUUAAGUACUGUCCUUGAGAUAAAUGCUACUACUACAUCAGAUGAACCACUUACCACUAUGCAGUCACUUCCAGGGGCCUUCCUUAAUAAAUUAAUGAUGGCAAAUGUGAACGCUAGGAGUGUCAAAUGUCUGACCACUGACCAGGAAGUUCCGUAUUAUGGAGUAGACAACCUGGACACUGACUCUGAUACCAGCAAUGUCAUUAAUCCACUGGACCUGAUUACAGCCCUGUUUCUGUGCUCAGAUGGUUUCCUGCAGCAGGAGAUGGUCCAGAAAAUGUCAAUGUGUCAGUUUGCUGUUCCUCUCCUGCUGCCAAACUGUGACACAGAACAAAGCACUUUGAUGCUGUGGGCCCUGAGGGACAUAGUGAAGAAGUUUAGAUCCUCUUCACAAACGGCCACAAAUGCUUUCGUGGAGGAGAGAAUAGUUCUCUCUGAUAUUCCUAUGGUGUCUUUUGUUAGGCUAGGAGAGAGCAGCUUGUCCAAGUCUCAGAUUUUGAACAAGUUGCUUAGUAACCCUCAACAGUACCAUGAUACAUUUGUUCAUCAUGAUAUGGAAUGUGGCGAUGUACCUCAGAGGAUUUCAGAUGGUCUAGUUGAAAUCAGCUGGUACUUUCCAUGUGGGAACAGAAACAUAGACAUGUUCAAAGAACCUUUCACUGUGGCCAAUCUCAGAGGAGACAUCAGGUCCUCUGAAACACAGUUCUCCUUUCUGUGUCAAACAUCAGCUGCAGUUUACAUUUUCAUUGAUGAUUUCGAGGCAGAUCUCAAGGUUUUGGAAGGAAAAAGCACAAAAGCAGAGUUAUUUCUGGUUGUCAACUCUCAGAGAAAAACAUUCAAGGUAGACACAUUGAAGAAAAUGAUCACACAAUACAGUAUCAAAGAAACAAAUGUGAUUGUGAAAAAGAAGCAGAAUGAUGCAGAAUUUGUCAAAACCCUGCAGUCAUCUGUGGGUGACAUCAUCAAAAAAAGUAAAAACAGACUGACAAUUGAAAACAUGGCUGCCGUGGCUCAUCAGUUUGGGAUUCUGAUUGAUGAAGACGGUGAGUGUCAGAGUGCCAGGACGAUGGCAGAUGAAAUCACCAGGAACAUCACAGACACAAUUAAAUUCAAAGAUGAACAGCUACCCUUACAAGGCCAAAUCUGGAAAGAGCUUUCCCAGUUGGAAAAGGAGAGGUGUAGGCUGAGAAAAGCAGGGGAUGCAGACAUUGAACACUACAAGAGCUCUCUGAAGAAAAAGGAGGAGGAAUUGAGAAAGAAGCAAAAUCAAUUUGAAAUGUCAGAUGCAAUGGCAAGCUUCAUUUUCGGAAUGUCAAAAUCAGGACCUGAGCGAUCCUAUUUCCUCAAAUGGAUGCGGAUAAAUCUGGACAAUCUGUCACUGCAGAACCUGUCUGUUUUGCGGGACCAGUACAAAGAUCUUUGCCAACAUUCUCCGGAGAAAAAAGAUGACAUUAAAGAUUUGGAUAAGCAAUUAUCUAACUGUUCAUUAGGUCUUGAACACUUUCUUCGUGAGUUGGGCCAGUUAUAUGAAGCUUCCUGCUCCCUCCCUGAAAGUAGCCUACAAAGGAAACAGAUGGAGCAUCUUCCUGGAUUGUGUGCUCAGAUGCUGUUGGAUGGUUUCCCCAUUGAGCUUGUGGAUGGAGAUGCAUCAAAUAUCCUCUAA